UGCAGCCUGCAGGUGUUGGGGCCAGUGAAACAAAACACUUCACCCUGAACAAGGAGCAGAGAGAGCUUGAGGAGUUUCUGGUGUUUUAUUUUAUUUUAUUUUUUGUUGGAAAAUUUAUUUGGAAAAUAAAGGCAUUUUUUUAACAUGACCAAACUAGGCUGGUAGAAGUGAAUUUGAUUUUUGUGGAGUUGAAGUGAGGGAGCAAGAAACAUCAAUGGAGAGAGCUGGGAAGGAGAUGAAGGGGAGCCUGCUGGACCAAUCUUUCUUGGCGACUUUAAGUGAUCCAGACAUAACCUUGCUCUCAGUUCACAAGCAACCAUCCUUUAACAAGACUCCUUAUUUAGGCAACAACUUCAAGCCAAUGUCACCUAAGGAUCAAGAGUGUGCUCCACCGAAAGAGAAGGAAUUUGCUCCAAGAUUUUUGAAUGGAAUGAUAGAAACCAACUCCAGGCAGAUGCUAUCUAAAGUUUCCCCUGCUGCUUGUUCUCAAGAAUCAUCAAUUAAGCAGAAAUUUUCUUUUGACAACAAAGCCUUUGACGGCAUCUUACAUAGCUUGGAUAGUUUACCCACAUCAUCAUCUUCAAUAAGCACCAGUAUGAUCAACAUUUUGGGCAUGACAUGCCAGUCUUGUGUGAAUUCUAUAGAGGGCAAGAUUUCUAACUUGAAUGGUAUUAUCAGCAUAAAAGUUUCCCUGGAACAGGGCAAUGCCACUGUGAAAUACAUCCCAAUGACCAUAAACCUACAACAGAUUUGCUCUGAAAUUGAGGAUAUGGGCUUUGAUGCUAACAUAGCAGAAGGAAAGGCUGCAUCAUGGCCCACAAAACCCUUAUCGGCUGAUGAAGCAGUGACCAAGCUUCGUGUGGAGGGCAUGACUUGCCAGUCAUGUGUCAAUACUAUAGAAGGGAAGGUGGGGAAACUUCAAGGGGUUCUGAAAAUCAAAGUCUCACUUAGCAAUCAAGAGGCUGUCAUCACUUAUCAACCUUACUUCAUUCAACCUGGAGACCUUAGGGACCACAUAAAUGACAUGGGAUUUGAAGCCACCAUCAAAAGCAAAAUGACACCAUUAAACUUGGGAGUGAUCAAUAUAGAACGAUUACAAAGUAAUAACCCAAAGAAAGUACCAACUCAAUUCCCCUGUCAUAAUCCCGAAGCAGGAGGGAACCAGCCUAGAAUGGCUGCUACUCUACAGUUAGAAGUGGAAGGAAUGCACUGUAAAUCCUGUGUCUUGAAUAUUGAAGGAAAUAUAGCUAGCCUACCAGGUGUGAAAAGCAUUCAAGUAUCUCUGGAAAAUAAAAGUGCAGAUGUUCAGUUCGACCCAGCAUGUAUUACUCCAGCAUUCUUAAAGCAAUCCAUUGAGGCUCUUCCUCCUGGGAAUUUUAAAGUCACUCUCCCUAAAGGAGCAGAAGGCAAUGGGUUGGAGAAUUCAUUAGACAGCUUGUCUUCAAGCCCUCCUCUAUCUACAAGACCCCAGGGAAACCAAGCACAAGGAGUAUGCAGAACUGCGGUGAUUGGCAUUGAUGGAAUGACCUGUGCUUCCUGUGUGCAGACCAUUGAGAACUUACUAUCCCAAAGGGAAGGGAUAGAAAAAAUUUCUGUCUCCUUAGCUGAAGAGAUUGGAACAUUCUGCUAUAAUGCCUCUGUUAUAAGCCCUGAAGAACUAAAAGCUGCUAUUGAAGACAUGGGAUUUGAGGCAUCCAUCAUAACUGAAACCAGGUCCAAAAAGGAUGUUGGAAACUGUUAUGCUGUGGACUCUAAGGCCCGAACAGAGCUUAAGGAUUCUGUUUCUCUUCAAGAGGAAGAAGUCAAUGCUGAGGGGUAUCACAAAACAAGCAUGUCUGGCCUCUCUCUGAAGCCUUUUUCCUCAAGAGCUCCACUUCACUCUAAGGCAGCGACUUCAGAAAAAUGCUUUUUACGCAUAACAGGCAUGACCUGUGCAUCCUGUGUCUCCAACAUAGAAAGAAAUCUAUUGAAGGAAGAGGGUAUACUUUCAGUUCUGGUCGCUCUAAUGGCUGGAAAGGCAGAGGUCAAGUAUGAUCCACAAACCAUCCAGCCCCUUGAAAUAGCCCAGCUCAUCCAGAACUUAGGCUUUGAAGCCACCAUAAUGGAAGAUUACAUUGGAUCAGAUGGCAAUAUUGAGCUGACUGUCACAGGAAUGACCUGUGCUUCAUGUGUUCACAACAUUGAAUCCAGGUUGACCAGAACCAAUGGCAUUCUUUAUGCCUCUGUGGCCCUUGCUACAAGCAAGGCUCAUAUCAAGUUUGAUCCUGAAAUUGUGGGUCCUCGAGAUAUUAUAAAAAUUAUUGAGGGAAUUGGCUUUCAUGCUUCCUUGGCUCAGAGAAAUCCCAAUGCUCAUCAUUUGGAUCACAAGAUGGAAAUAAAACAAUGGAAGAAAUCUUUCCUGUGCAGUCUGGUUUUUGGCAUCCCUGUCUUGUGUUUGAUGAUUUACAUGUUAAUACCUAGCAGCCAGCCUCAUGAGUCCAUGGUAUUGGAGCAUAACCUCAUCCCUGGAUUAUCCAUCUUAAAUCUCAUCUUCUUUGUCCUAUGUACUUUUGUCCAGUUCCUAGGCGGCUGGUAUUUCUACGUCCAGGCCUAUAAGUCACUGAAGCACAAGACGGCCAACAUGGACGUGCUCAUCGUAUUGGCCACAAGCAUCGCCUACGUCUACUCUCUCGUGAUCCUGGUGGUGGCCGUGGCCGAGAAGGCGGAGAAGAGCCCCGUCACCUUCUUCGAUACGCCCCCCAUGCUCUUUGUGUUCAUCGCGCUGGGGAGGUGGCUGGAGCAUGUGGCCAAGAGUAAAACGUCCGAAGCUCUUGCGAAACUAAUGUCUCUUCAAGCCACAGAAGCUACUGUUGUGACGUUGGGUGAGGACAACCUAAUCAUCAGGGAGGAGCAAGUACCUAUGGAGCUGGUUCAGCGGAAUGAUGUGAUCAAGGUAGUACCUGGGGGAAAGUUCCCUGUAGAUGGAAAAGUCCUAGAAGGCAGCACCAUGGCAGAUGAGUCCCUCAUCACAGGAGAAGCUAUGCCAGUUACUAAGAAACCAGGGAGCACAGUGAUUGCUGGUUCAAUCAAUGCUCAUGGCUCAGUGCUAAUUACUGCUACUCAUGUUGGGCCUGACACCACAUUGGCACAAAUUGUGAAAUUGGUAGAAGAGGCUCAAAUGUCAAAGGCACCCAUACAGCAACUGGCUGACAAAUUUAGUGGGUAUUUUGUCCCAUUCAUCAUCAUCAUUUCGACUGUUACAUUGGUGGUAUGGAUUGUAAUUGGUUUUAUCGAUUUUGAUGUUGUUCAAAAAUACUUUCCCAAUGCUAACAAACAUAUCUCCCAGGCAGAAGUGAUCAUUCGGUUUGCGUUCCAAACUUCCAUCACGGUAUUGUGCAUUGCCUGUCCUUGCUCACUGGGCUUGGCUACACCAACAGCAGUUAUGGUUGGAACAGGGGUAGCUGCCCAAAAUGGUAUUCUCAUCAAAGGAGGCAAACCCCUCGAAAUGGCUCACAGGAUCAAGACGGUGAUGUUUGACAAAACUGGAACCAUUACGUAUGGUGUCCCCAGAGUCAUGAGAGUUCUUCUGUUGGUGGACAUGGUUUCCUUGCCUCUGAGGAAGGUUCUGGCUGUGGUUGGCACGGCUGAAGCCAGCAGUGAGCAUCCCCUGGGGGUGGCUGUCACCAAGUACUGCAAAGAGGAACUUGGAGCUGAAACCCUAGGGUACUGCAUGGACUUCCAAGCUGUCCCUGGGUGCGGAAUUGGCUGUAAAGUCAGCAAUGUUGAAGCCAUCUUGGCCCAAAGCGAAGACCCUUUAAAUGAAUGGAAUAGUCAUCUGAAUGGUGUUGGCAGCCUUCCCACCAAAAAAGGUUCAGCCGUGCCUCACACUUAUUCUGUACUGAUUGGAAACCGGGAAUGGAUGCGACGGAAUGGUUUAACAAUAUCCACUGAUGUCAGUGAUGCUAUGACAGACCAUGAAAUGAAGGGGCAAACGGCAAUAUUGGUAGCUAUUGAUGGUGUGCUCUGUGGGAUGGUGGCCAUAGCAGAUUCUGUCAAGCAGGAAGCAGCACUGGCCGUGCAUACUCUCAAAAGCAUGGGUGUGGAUGUGGUUCUUAUAACUGGGGACAACAGGAAAACUGCAAAAGCCAUCGCCACACAGGUGGGCAUCAACAAAGUGUUUGCAGAGGUUCUCCCCUCUCACAAGGUGGCGAAGGUCCAGGAGCUUCAGAACCAAGGGAAGAAAGUGGCCAUGGUAGGAGAUGGCGUGAAUGACUCUCCAGCUUUGGCAAGGGCUGAUGUUGGCAUUGCCAUUGGGACAGGCACAGAUGUAGCAAUUGAAGCUGCUGAUGUUGUCCUCAUUAGGAAUGAUUUGCUAGAUGUGGUUGCUAGCAUUCAUCUUUCCAAGAGGACUGUCCGGAGAAUACGAAUAAAUCUGAUCUUGGCCUUAAUUUAUAACUUAGUUGGGAUACCCAUUGCAGCAGGUGUUUUCAUGCCCAUUGGCAUUGUGCUGCAGCCCUGGAUGGGAUCUGCUGCCAUGGCGGCCUCAUCUGUGUCCGUGGUGCUCUCUUCUCUGCAGCUUAAAUUUUAUAAGAAACCGGAUAUGGAGAAAUACGAAACCCAAGCCCAUGGCCGCAUGAAACCCAUUACUCCAUCCCAGGUCAGUGUUCAUAUUGGCAUGGAUGAUCGGCGAAGGGAUCCCAGUAAGGCCACCGCAUGGGAUCAGGUCAGCUACAUCAGCCAAGUGUCAAUGUCCUCCCUGACAUCGGACAAGCUGUCCGGGCACAGUCCGCUGGUGGAGGAGAGAGGGGACAGAUGGUCGCUGCUCCUCAAUGAGCGGGAUGAAGAACAGUCCAUCUGAAAGGCAGCAGCCCCACAGAACAUUCACAGCACGAGCAGGGCGCCACGUUUCCCAGAGGAUCAGGGCGCUCCCCAAACACAGAAUGAGGUGCAGAGAAAUUCUUUUGCUCCAGCUUGGCUACACAACUGCAUCAUCUCUUUUCCCUUCCCGGCACGAUCUGAAGGCUUCUCUGGCAUUGGAAGAAAUUCUGAGACACUUAUUCUUGACCAGGGAAACCUAUAGCUUUUUCCAGAAAUGGUUUUAGUCCUGGGAAAAAGAGUUCUACACCAUGACACCCGUCUUCAACACUGUUUUGGAAUAUACAAGGAAGAAAAGCUUCAGCUUCCACCAUUUUAUCAAUUUUUUGCUUUUGGAAAAGGAAAAAAAAAAUCCCCUAGGAACAAGGGAAGAAAGCCGAUAUUCCUCAAGGAACCUUUUUUAUCAUUUGGGACAAAUAGUAAUAGGGAAAUGUGGGGAAUCACACUAGGAAUAAAAAGCAAACUAAGUUUUUCAGUAGAGUACUUAUAAAAAACUUUACAUAUCAUAUUUUUCAUGAAUGCCAGUCUUUAUAUUUAUCAUUUUGUUGAGACCAUGGUUUACCUCAAAGUGCCAUUCUCUAAGAGCACUCAACUUCUUUUUCAAUUUUUAUCUCUCCUCUUCCUCUUCCCAUUACCCCUCUCCCCAUUCC